GUUUCUCCCUUUGCUUGCAUUCAGGCCGCAAACUCAAUCCAUCGGCCGACCGUAUCAUGAGCAUCUUGUCGUACAACGGAGCUGCGAUCAUUGCUAUGGCUGGCAAGAACUGCGUCGCGAUUGCCAGCGACACGCGGUUGGGCGUGCAAGGACAAACGAUUGCGACGGAUUUUCAAAAGGUGUUUCGCCUCAAUGACAAGACGUUCUUGGGGCUCGCGGGUUUGGCCACAGACGUCCAGAGUGUCUCGCAGUUGCUACGAUUCAAACUGAACAUGUACAAGAUGCGCGAAGAACGCGACAUGAAAGCGAAGACGCUGAGCGCGAUGAUCUCCAACAUGAUGUAUGAAAAGCGCUUUGGGCCGUGGUUCGUGGAACCGAUUGUCGCGGGCUUGACGGACGACAACCAGCCGUUCCUAAGCAGCAUGGACUGCUUGGGGUGCGAAAUGUUCACCAAGGACUAUGUGUGCGCAGGCACAAUGGAGGAAGCACUGCACGGCAUGUGUGAAUCCCUCUUUCGUCCCGACUUGGAGCCAGAGGACUUGUUUGAGACGAUUUCACAGUGCUUGCUGUCGGCGUGCAACCGAGAUGCGUUGGCAGGCUGGGGUGGUGUCGUCUACAUUUUGUAAGGUGGAAGGACUUCGAGAUUGGUGCUGACUCGUGGGCAUGCCCACGUAUAGGACUCCCCAAGGCGUGACAACCAAAGUUCUCAAGACGCGCAAGGAUUAGAGUCCAUGCCCCCGACGCGCGCAUGACCACAUCCAUCGGAGUCAUGGAACUUGAAUUGAAUUCUUGACGUCGACCUUGCUUGACUCGAUUGCAUCCGACCGUAUGCCCAUGUGUAUUUUCACUUCCAUGAGAAAGUCUUCAGUCGUGGGGAGGCAUGAUCGUUGUGACUGCAGCAUGCACAAGCGACAGGCUGCACCGUCAAUGAUGGCUUAGCGCCGUGCUGAAAUCGAGUUGGUUUCACUUUCGGCAUGCCAUGCUCUCACUCCUAACUUCUUCGGCGGCGGCGAUGGUCGCAGGUGCGCACAGUUGCUAGGUCACCAGUCUUUUGCUUCUUCGCGCAAUGCACACCCGUCGCAGCGACAAAAAGCUGGCGUGGCUAGGUAAUUCUUGACGAUCGUUGCGCUCGGUCAACAGAGACAGAUUGUCCACAACCGACCACGAUCUGCGAAAGCCCGUCGUCGUGCGGACAUGCGGGAGCUAGCCGUUCCCGACCCAACUCGGACUGGCCAGCAUGUCCAGUCAGUCAUGUGUGACUGUCAAGCUCGUCAUCCGUGGGACGAAAUCCAAUGCUCCGACGCUCGCCACCACGAUCAAAAUCAGUGGAGAGCAGUGCCAAGACAGCCAUGAGUGGUCCUCCAACGAUACCUCGGGUCUUCGAGAGUCGAUGGCGAAAUUUGGACCAGUGAAGCAACCCAGACGCUGCUUCGAGUCCCCCCGAUGAAGGGUCACGAGCGGGGGCUUCUCGACGGUGGCAGGGCGCGCGGCCAACAAACAGCCACGUCGUGGGUCGCGCCAGACGACAUGAAUCAAUUCCAAGUGACCGCGGAAGCAUGUCCACGACGUCGUCGGCAGCACCAAACCCGCACACAGAGCAGUCGCCCCGGCGUUAUAGUGGGUGUGGUACGACAAAAAGGUGGAGCGUAUCGAGGUCAAGGUUGUACUUCUUCCACGUUGUUACACCAGGUCAACAAGUCCCUCCAGUUGUCAAGACGAAUGGGCCGUGUUUAGCUUACCCGCCUUCGUAGUUCAGACUGCCGCCGUGGCAGAUCCAGAUGUACCAUCGAGCACGCAGGUCGUACCCGAGUGGACAAGCCUACAUCAAGGAAUUGAAACGAAGGGCUAGCAACAGUCUCAGUAGAUUGGCCGGUGCAUGGGAACGUGUUGUAGAGCCGCUGAAGGUGGUCCACGUAGCCUCACCAGACGACGGGGCUAAAGUCUGUGGUGGUCGCAGGAAACGUCGACUCCUUGGGGCAGGCGUGAUCGGUCCAAAGCACCUCGGAGACGUAACCCUUUAAGGACAUGCACACGAGGUUGGCUCAAACGCGGCACGUCAUGAACAAAGCUACGGGGUGGAACAAGACGUGAAUGGGGAGCGGCACCAAUGUUCACGCCAGGUAAUGCCAUUGAUUCACCGCCAGUCGGACUGAAAACGAGUGAGGUAUUGGCGACUGGCGGGUAGUCGCAGUGCUCACGCGUAUUUUAAGCUCCUUGCAGCCAAACAGUCGUCCAACCCGAUUGUCCACAACA